AUGGCCCCAACCGAGGGCUUGGAACAAAUGCCCAUGCAUGUGCCAAUCGGAAAUUUGGGCCAACAAGUGUCAAUGCAGCCGCUGAGCCAGCAGCAGCAGCAACUCUUGCAGCAGAUCAACCAGAAGACGAAUCAGCAACAUCUCCAGACUCUUUUGCUGCAGCAAGCACUGCAGGGGACGCCUCAACAGUCCCCGCAAGCACAGGCCCAACUGCCUAAUCUCCUGACCGGUCGGAUGCUGGAUCCUACUGGCUCUCUGCCAACCAAGACCGGGGCGAUGCCUGGUGUGGCUCUCCCGGGUGGUGCAGUGCCAGCUUUUUACCCAUGGAUUUACCCUUUGGAUCCCAGCAUGGUUGGAGGUGGCGUUCUACCGGGUGCGUGGGGAGUGGUGAACAUGCAGGGUUCAGGCGGGGCGGCCCUGCCAGCUGGAGUGCAAAUCCCCACCGACGGCAGUACGAAGCCCAGUUCCAGUGAUGCACUGGAAACGGCUCCUCAGGCAAAGAAGCGAAGCGGUCGCAAGGGAAAGAAGGAGUUUGAAUCGGGUGCAACCAGUACACCGCUUGCCGUAGGUGAGCUUUUGGGCAACACUGCCGUCUUGGAUGCGUUGGCAGAGGUCCGACGCGAUGGAGCAAAGAGCCAAGUGCUGUUGAGGGACGUUCUCUCACAUGUAGCGGAAUUGGCCCAAGACACUGAGGGCAGUCGCUUCCUCCAGGCCAAGUUGGAGACAGCCAAUACUGCUGAACGCAGAGAAGUCUUCGAUGCACUACUCCCAAAGAUGGAGAUGCUGGCUGGUGAUUCCUCCGGGAGUGCCGUGGUUCAAAAGCUUCUUGACAUUUGCACUCCUGACCAGCGUCGUGCCAUCGUCGAGAAGUUCAGACAGUCCGUGGUGAAGCUCUCCUUGAAGAUGCAUGGCUGCCGUGUCAUUCAGAAGGCGUUCCAAGUUUGCCCACCAGAACUUCAAUCGAUGCUGGCUGGAGAGCUGAAACAUGGAGUUCUUGAUUGCAUCAAGUCGAUGCAUGGCAACCACGUGGUCCAGAAGUGCAUCGAACAAAUGCCGCCGGAGUCCGUGUCGUUUGUCGUGGAGGCUGUGGAGGACAAGGCUGAAGCCAUGGCUGCGCACAUCUAUGGAUGUCGCAUCAUUCAACGCCUUUUGGAGCAUUGCACCCCAAAGCGACUGGAACGGAUGUUGCGUCAGAUUCUUCGAAGCAUCAGAAAGCUCUCCACUGAUCCAUAUGGCAACUAUGUCAUUCGUCACAUUCUCGAGCAUGGCAACCCUGAACACAAGAAGAGUAUCGUCAACGAGGUGUGCAAUUAUGUCUUGGAGCUCGGCAAGGACAAGCACGCCAGUAACGUGGUCGAGAAGUGCUUUGAGGCCUCCACGACUGGUGAACAUGCAGCCUUUUUGAAGGAAGAACGUCAGCGAUUGAUUCGCGCUGUGCUUGGACCUGCGCCCAAGGAUCCUUCAGACCGGUCUUCCCCAUUGGUGCAGCUGAUGGAUGACAGGUUCGGCAAGUAUGUCGCAAACAGUUUGGUGGAGUACAGUCGCGGCCCUGAGGAGAUGAAAAUCCUCUACAGCCGCAUUUCAUCGGCUCCAGGGAAGAAGGCGAGCAUCGCUUCUCUGCUGGAAAUGCUUGAGAGGCAGCUUCAACAGGCUCAAUACCAGCAGAUGGCACAGCAACAAGUGCUUCAAUUUCAGCCCCUGCGCGCCAAGCAGGGCAGUGCAAAGUGA